CAAAACGGCCUGCCUGUGCUGGACUGGCCGCCCCAGCUGGCCGCCGGCCGCUUCGACCUGGGCGUGGUCGCCUCGUUUGGCCACCUGCUGCCGCGCCGGCUCAUCGAUCUGUUCCCCGCAGGCGUGAUCAACGUGCACGCGAGUCUGCUCCCGCGCUGGCGCGGCGCAGCGCCGGUGGUGCACGCCCUGCUGGCCGGCGACCGCACCACCGGCGUCACCAUCAUGGUCGUCAAGCCCCACAGGUUUGACGUCGGGGACGUUCUGGCGCAGUCGACGUUGCCGGUGGCGGCGUCGGCGGACGUGCACCAGCUGACGGAGCAGCUGGCCGCGCUGCUCGUGCGCUGCGCUGACGGCUGGCUGCGUCUGCCGCGGCUGCAGCUGCAGGGCAAGCCGGCCAUGAGUGGCGAGGAGUUCUACAACGGCUUCCUCAGUGGGCUCGACGCCGACCAGCGCUGCUUCGAUAGCUGAUGACGGUGCGGGCUUAGGGAUGGUGUGCAAGUCAGAUUUCGUGAACGAAGUGCAAUU